AUGCAUCUAAUAUCAUCUGCUUCCUGGAAAUGGGACCUAUUGGCUUUAACAGCCACAGCGCUCAUCCGCCCAUUAUCGGCAGCCCAACCAUGCGGUACUUCAUGGAGCAUCGCAGCGACUGGAGACUUUCUAGGGGAAGUUGUGCUGUCUGAAGAUCCUCGGACAACGGCCGUCUGGGACCUUGUCCGCUCGGCUGACUUUGGCUUCUUCAACAUGGAGGGGCAGAUCUUCUCCAGUCAAAACUUCACGGGCUACCCUGCUUCCGAGAAUGGUGGUGACAACGAUUACGGCAACAUUGGCGGCGGGCCGUCCUACGACCCCAUCAACGCCUUUCAUCUAGCGGAGUAUGGAUUCUCUCUUGCCUCGCAUGCGAAUAACCAUGCCUGGGACUAUGGCCACGAGGGAGCCAUAGCCACGUCGCAAUACCUCAACCAGGCAGGGAUUACAGUCGCGGGAACGGGUGAUUCACUGGCGGAAGCCCGUAGCGCUGUCCUUCAGGAGCGCAACAACAAGCGCAUCGCCUUCAUCGCUGCUGCAGGAUCCCAUACCCCGCAGUCGGUGGCUGGCCCCGGUGGCGGCUCCAGGAACGACCAGCCCCGGCCGGGUGCCAAUGUCCUCCGCGCCCCAGUGGUCACCCGCGUCAGUGCCCCAGGCUUUGAGGUAAUCAAGGAUCUCUCUCGGGCGCAGGGGCAGCUGGUCUCGGACGAGACGACGGACAUCACCCUCUCCACGGGUCAGCACCCGCUCGGCUGGUCCAGGUGGCAGCUGUCCAGUAACGAGACGGGUCUCUCCUGGGACAUCAACACGGACGAUUACACCGGGAUCGUAGAAUCGAUCCGGGCGACCAAGAAUUCAUCGGAUGCCACCGUCUUCUCGCUGCACGCGCACGAGGCCGACUCCGGCGCCGACGACUCGUACAUUCCCCUCCCGCUUCCAGCCACGGUGCCUGCCGCCUACACGCGCAACAUCAGCCACGCUGCCAUCGACGCUGGGGCAGAUAUUGUCCUGAUACAUGGCCCGCACCAUCUUCGGGGGAUCGAAAUCUACAAGGGCCGACCUAUCUUCUACAGCCUGUCGAGGGUCGACUUGCCCAUCGAGUGGGACGAUAGUGUCGUCGCCAUUACCAAGUUCAACAAGGGCAAGCUGCACGAGAUUGCUCUGUAUCCGAUUGUUCAUUCGCAGUUGACAAACGACACUUCUCUCCCCGACAGCCACCUGCCCAAGCUCGCUCCGAGCCCGCAGGCGCAGCGUAUCCUGCGACAUCUGCAGAGAGUGUCAAAGCCCUUUGGCACCGAGAUUGUUGCUAAGAGGGAUGUUGGAUAUGUCAAGCUUGCAAAGUAG